UGCUUGUAGAAAGUCCCCUCUGUGGUAGCUACAGCGUUAAUAGUCCGGGAAGCCCCACCUCCACUACCACUUUUUAUGUUAAUUUCAGCGUGAUCUCUGCACGGACAGGAGGGAGCCGCUGAGUGCUGGAUCUGCUGCCUGCUGCUUCAUGUCGAUGAGGCUUCAGACAGACACAACCUGCCGCUGAAUCUCUGUCGGGACUUUUUUUUAUUUUUUUUAUUCUGUGUGAGCCGCGUCGUGUCUGUAUAAUGUCACCGCUGAGGACGCGCAGCUGAAUGUGAAUACUGAGGAUCCAGCCGGUAGUUAGAGGAGGUGAACGCACCUUGCAUCCAGCCAUGGGAGGUCAGAUCACCAGGAAUACCUUCUACGAUUCUCUUAACGGGCCAUUUCCCGCCACUUCACACCGAUGCCACCACAAGCCCAAGCGCUGCCUGCCCAUCCAACCGUGCGGAAGUCUGUCCUCCUUUCCUCUGCUCUUUCACCCCAGCACCAAGGGCUCGCAGAUCGUCAUGGACAUGUCCCAGAGGACCGUCAAGAGACAGGCCAGCUUCUGUAACGCCAUCACCUUCAGCAACAGACCGAUCGCUGUGUAUGAGCAGGUCCGGCUUAAGAUCACCAAAAAGCAGUGCUGCUGGAGCGGUGCUCUACGUCUUGGUUUUACAUCCAAAGACCCAUCGAGGAUCAACCCGGACACUUUGCCCAAGUACGCUUGCCCCGACCUGGUGUCCCAGAGCGGCUUCUGGGCCAAAGCCCUGCCAGAGGAGCUCUCCAAUGAGGGAAAUGUCAUCUCCUUCUGGGUGGACAAGAAGGGCCGGGUGUUUUACCGCAUCAACGACUCCAGCCCGAUGCUGUUCUUCAGCGGGGUGCAUGUCUCCGAGCCUCUGUGGGCUCUCAUAGACGUCUACGGCCUCACCAGGGGGGUCCAGCUGCUAGACAGCGAGAUGGUCCCCCUGGACUGCCUGCGUCCUCGUUCUUUUGCUGCCGCCCACCGGGCCUCCAUUCAGCGAAACGGUGAUGACCCUCGCCUCUCUAUCAGCCUGUGUGACCUGAGCCUGCAGCAGCAGGAGCCGCAUCUGGAGGAAGACGAUGAGGAAGAGGAGCGGCUGCAGCGCCUAAGCUCCGCCUCCUGCCAUGUGCCCCAAAACUCUCAGAACUCGCAGCAGUGCUCGCUGCUGCCCAGCCAUUUGGACACUGAUCUGCAUUUUCACUCAGUGCACGGCGUCCAUGUGACCGCGCUGGACAAGCACACGGUGGCGCGGCUGGAUCACCGCGGGGACGAUAGGACCCUGGUGUUCUCCAGCCGGCCGAUGCGCUGCUCAGAGACUGUGUUUGUGAAGGUGAAGGCAGGCGUCACGCGCCCUGGGUCACUCUCAUAUGGUGUAACGUCAUGUGACCCAGCCACACUGAGGCCCAGUGACCUCCCGUCCAACCCAGAGUCCCUGGUUGACCGUAAGGAAUUCUGGGCCGUGUGUCGGGUGGCGGUGCCGCUCCACAGUGGAGAUAUCCUGGGCUUUGUGGUAAACGCAGAAGGAGAGGUCAUGAUGAGCCAUAACGGCAUCAGUGCAGGGAUGCAGCUGUGUGUCGACAACUCCAGACCGCUCUGGAUGUUCUACGGUCUGCACGGCACCAUCACACAACUCAGGAUUUUAGGUUCAUCUCCGCAACCAGACCUUCGAGGCCCCUCAGUCCCCAGCUCCCCUUCCUGUACGCCCAACACUCCGACAAUGCUUUGCAGCGGAAACUCCGAGCCCAACCUCAACACACCAUUUAACAUCAACCUCAAUUCAAGCCUCAACUCCAGCUACUACACAGUCUUUUCCUCCUCCACAGGUACAACCCCAAGCUCUCCAUUCUCAAGCCAGCCAGAGUCCCCUACCUUCCCUCCCUGCUCGGGCUCAUGGAGUGACGAAUGCACCAUUUGCUACGAGAACGUAGUGGACACCGUCCUCUACGCCUGCGGACACAUGUGUCUCUGCUACACUUGUGGCCUCAAACUCAAAAAGAUGGCCAAUGCAUGCUGCCCCAUCUGCAGGAGGACAAUCAAAGACAUCAUCAAGACCUACCGGAGCACGUAGGCUUAUGUUGUAGACAAUGUGUCGCAUCGUCAGGUUCAAGAGGUCAUCGAAGCCAUGUAAGACUUUGUAAAGGUGAAUGCAGCACAAGUUAAAGCCCCACUUUGUGUGUGCAAUCUGGCUCAGGUACUUUAAACUCCAUCAUUAAAACAUUUUAUCUGUUUUGUCUAAUGUACAUCCCUGGAAAGCGUACAGCUCCUAACUGUAUCAUUUCAGUAAGAGUCCAGCAAUGAGAUUCAUCAUACAGUGUGAUCAACGGAAAUAAAGUAUGUGCUGCUGCAGGAGCUACAGAUAGGACCAUGACCUACUAUUGUCCCGCAACUCUGAUUUGUGCAUCUGUUGAAGAGAAAGAGUAAUCUGAAGAGGCAUCUGUCCUACUUCCUGCAGAGGAGCCCUUCAUUCUGCUGGUGAUAGCAUCGCUGCUAGCAAGUUUUACAAGGAGUAAAAUUGUCCAGAGCUGCGGAAGAAAGGAUGAGAAUAAAUAUGUGGUUUCACCAGCUGCUCCACCACUGCUUGUCGGAGUGCAUUGGGUCAAAAAGUGUUGUUUCAGAGUAAGAAUCAAUUCUCUGCUAAAUCUGAGAGAAAAUCAACACAAGCUUUAUUUGACAUCUCCUGAUGUUUCCAGAGGCCAGUGAGGAACGAAUAAAAAUAUUUUUGGGGGGUGAAAACUUUGCAGUAUAUCUGAAAUAAGCCAUUUUCAAUGCAUAGAAAAAGACUCCUCUUGCAAUAAACAAUGAAAUGCCAAAACCUAAAGGGUAAAGAAUAAAUAAAUGAAGCGUUUUGUUGGGUUUCUCACUACCUGCUGUGCUUCUGUGAAUUUUAGUCAGGGCGGGAUUGUGCGAAGGGUAAAAAAGUGUGACUGUUGUCACCAUAGAAGGUCACAGUUACUGUGAAUGAGGAUGUAAAUCAAUUGAGAGGGAGCAAGGGAGGAGGGAGAGGAGAGAGGAUGUUGUAUGUUUGGGACGAAGACAGGGGAGGAAGGUGCACUUUUUGCUGCGUGUCUGCACAUCGUUUCAGUGCAAAGCAAGUCACUCAGGCACACCCCAUACAUCACAAGUUUGUAUGAAAGCCUGUAAAAUGUGGGACUUGCAUGAGUUGCCUGUCCUACUUCUCAGCGGCCGCAGUAAGCCGACUGGAUGCUGUGAUUGGACAAAAGUCGUCCAAAUAAACAUUAGUGGGCAGCAAAGUAUUUUUAAAAUGCUGAACGAGCACAUAAGGAUGACGAAUCAACCCCUUCAUCAUCGCAAGAAACAUUAAAUCCCAUUAUAAUUCACAGAUGGCUUCGCUUACUUCAGGUUACACACUCUUCUUUCAUAUGUACAUUAAAAUAAAACAUGAAUAUUUGCUUUCAGUGAUGGCGUACUUCGGCACACUGUGGAGAAAAAAAAUCACAGUGACAAGGAUGUAGCUUGUUAUUGUGGGACAUUGUGAGACUUUUCAUUUGCAUAUCAGUUUCUGAGUGCUGCUCUCCGUCUGUAAAAGCAAACUCCAAGGACAUUUUCACUCGACUAAUCUCAUGCAAUAUGUACUGCUUUGAAUUGUUAAGAAAUACAAGCUAUUUUCAGGUGUUAUUCUGGCCUCGCUGAAACAUUACUCAGUAAUUUGUAAAGUAGUAAGUGCUGAUUUAUUUUUGUUUUCAAGGUGUUGGAGCUCGUCAUUUUGCCGCUGUGGAGGGAAAAUUAGCAGUUGUGUUGUGCAACGUUUUGAGUCACAGUUAAGUUUUCUUGUGUGCCUUUAAAAAGAGAAGUCUGGACAAACUUUUGGUCUUUCAGGCUCCUCACUGUGAAAACCACAAGGUUCAUAUUCAUCUUAAAGUCCCUCAUACAGUAUGUGGUUGUGAUAUCUCUGAUAUGAGCAGAUUUAACCACACAACCUACCAAUACAAACAUUUCAGUGUGCUUAAUAUCAGUGUGUGAAUUUAUUCACUGCUUAAGAUGACAUGUUUAAGUAUCGCCUUGUCCCCUCGGCCACUGCAUUUUAUAAUACUGGAAUUUUGUUGUGCUUGAGACGCUCAGCCUUUUACAUUUCUACCUGUCUUUGUUUUUCUUCCUGACCAAAUAUGACCUAGCAGAAAUAUCACAUUUGUGAAACAUUUUUUGAUAGAAAAAUGGUAUUGAUGAGUGUAAUAUUAACUGUACAUUAUGAGGUUUAUUUAUUUUGUCAAUGCUACUCUAAAGAAGUAUCACUGUUUGUUUCAUAUGUAUGGCUAUAGUGUCCAAAAAGUAAGAAUAGUGUUUAUUUUAUUGUUUCAUAGUUUAAGAUUAUAGAAAACCUUAUUCACCCUGAAAGGCUCUGUGGAUCUGUCAGCUGAUAUUCACUUAAAGGAACAGUUUGACAUUUUGGGAAAUAAGUUAGAGAGAGUUAGAUGACAAAAUCAAGCAUAUUGUACCAAACUACAAUUUCGAUGUACUUGAAUUUCCAAAUGAUAUUACUUUAUAGUUCUACUCCACAAGAUAAAUAUUGUAAUUUUUACUUUCCUCUAGACACACAAAUGCAUCAGUAAUAGGUAGGAGAAUUGUAUAUAAUAUAGAGCUGGCCUAUAUGUCAAUAUAUAUCAUAUAUAGCAAUAUAAAAUGUCUCCAUCAUAUAUAGUUUUUCCUAUUUUUUUCUUGUAAUGCCAAGAAUAUUUACAUCAUUUGGUCAAAGAUUUCAUUUCCAACCCUUGCACAAGGGAGCGAACCAUAGCACUGUUUUUGCCUGUUAUGUUAAUUUUGCACUAGGGAUCUUAAUACAACCUUGAUUUUAAAAACAGAAUGUGAUCAUUUGCUAAUCUUUUUUGACACAUAUUCAAUUGAAAACUGCACAACGACAGUAUAUUUUAUUAUCAACAGAAUCUGCACCAAACACCACACAGACAAAGUUAGUGACCAGCUGAAUAUAUUUCAGCAUUUAGCAGAAAAUUUUUUUUUUGACCAAAAACAGAGCUCAAAUAUGAUGCCAAAGCCAGCAGGUGCUUCAAUUAGCAUGAAGCUAAAAACAGCUAACUGACUUUUCUGACCAAGUCUGGUGCAAAACCCCAGCCAUUCAUUUCUCCGUAGAGGAGGCGGGGUUCACGAUCCUCCAGAGCCGUUUAUUGGGCGCUACGAAUGUCUAUCAAAAGCGUCUGUACGUAGCUCUUAGCCAAUUGUAUCAGUUAUACCAGAUGACACAUGUAGAGCGACAGAAAUUUAUGUUUACAUAGCAAGACUAGCCCAUCUCUACUUUGAGACUAAAAUGCUUCUCCAGUUCUCGCUUUCUGCAAGAUUAUUUAUUUUUACUCCACUGAUUUUAUGGGCAAUAGACAAGCUGCUGCGGGAUCACCGGCGUUACAGCAGUGAGCAGUAGCGGAGCUAGUUGGUAGAUUAGGCAUUUGCCAAAUCCUGUCGGAAGCAGGCUAGCUGUUUUUGUAUUUAAGCUAAGCUAACUGGAUGCUAGCUCUGGCCACAUACUGGGUAAGCAUGAGAGUCACAGCGGUCUUUUUAUCUAACUCUUUAGCUGAGACAAAUAAGCGUAGUUCCCAAAAUGUCAAACAUUUCCUCAAAUGCCAUAUACUAAAUAAUAAUAUUAAAAGGGAAUAAAAUGUGUAAAGUUGGUAUUGGUUACCUAUUUGUUAAUAAAAUGAUGUUUGUACUACUUGUGCAUAUUUAAAUUCUAUCUUAUUUUGUAGUGAAACAGGCGUAAAUUGUUCACGUGAUCAUAAUUCUAACAGCCUGGUUUUCAAAUGUGACCAAUUCUUAGCAGUUUGAACGUAACAAAACCAGCAAGUAAGCGAAUAUGGGCAUUUUUGGACAAGAAAAUCAGCUCCUAACUUGGGUUUCCUGGGCUUUGGGAUUUCUACCUGUUGUUAAAAACAUUCUUAAUGAUGGUUUAAUUAUGUUCAGUUCAUUAAAUAAAGUUUAAGUCUGAA